CACUGACGGGUAACAUCGUUGGCGCAAAUGUAAACUGUGCAGCGUUGUGGAGGUGUGUGAAGUUUGUUUAUGGUUGGGGGCACUACUGUAAAUUAAAAAACAUGAAAGUGGCGUUAAUGGUAGCAGAAAAGCCUUCAUUGGCUGCGUCAUUGGCGAGCAUAUUGAGUAAUGGGAAAAGCAACUCUAGAAGAGGAUCAGAAGCGUGCGCAGUGCACGAGUGGACCGGGCAAUUUCAGAACGAGACCGUUCUUUUCCGAAUGACAUCCGUAUGUGGCCACGUUAUGACUUUGGACUUCUGUGGAAAGUACAAUAACUGGGAUCGAGUGGACCCGGUUGAGUUAUUUUCAUGCCCUACUGAGAAGAAAGAAGCAACACCAAAAUUAAAGAUGCCAGCAUUUCUGGCACAUGAAGCAAAGGGAUGUGACUACCUCAUCUUGUGGCUAGAUUGUGAUAAAGAAGGUGAAAAUAUAUGUUUUGAAGUGAUUUCAGCUGUGCAGAACUCAAUGAAAAGAAGUAUUCAUAAUCCUGAUGUGGUGUACAGAGCACAUUUUUCAGCUAUAACAGAAAAGGACAUCAAAGCAGCAAUGUCAAAUUUGGGAAAACCAAAUGAAAAUGAGGCAAAGAGUGUGGAUGCAAGGCAAGAACUGGAUCUCAGAAUAGGAUGUUCGUUCACAAGAUUUCAAACAAAAUUUUUUCAGGGAAAGUAUGGUGACCUAGAUGCUUCUACUAUUUCCUAUGGUCCUUGCCAAACACCUACAUUAGGAUUCUGUGUUCAGAGGCAUGAUGAAAUCCAAACAUUUAAACCAGAACCAUAUUGGGUGCUUGUGGUUAUAGUAAAAGGAGCAGAUGGACGGGAAUAUACUUUGGACUGGGAAAGAGUUCGAUGCUUUGAGAGGGAGAUAGCUAACAUUUUCCUGUCACAAGUCAAAGAGUUUAAGGAAGCCCUAGUAACAAGUAUUACAAAGAAGGAGAAGGUUAAGGCUCGACCACAGGCACUCAACACUGUGGAACUUAUGAGAGUAGCUAGCUCUGGGCUUGGUCUUGGACCUCAUCAUGCUAUGCAGAUUGCUGAGAAAUUGUACACUCAAGGGUACAUAAGUUAUCCUCGAACAGAGACUACACAGUACCCAGAGAAUUUUGACCUUGUGGGAGUGCUGAAGCAACAACAACACAGCUCAGUGUGGGGAGCUGAGGUUCGUGAGAUACUGGCGGAUGGCAUAAACAAACCUCGUAAAGGCCAUGAUGCUGGUGACCAUCCCCCAAUAACACCCAUGAAACUGGCUAACAAGGGCGACUUGGACAAUGAUGCAUGGAGACUUUAUGAUUACAUAACAAGGCACUUCAUUGCUACUGUUUCACGUGACUGCAAAUAUCUAAGCACAACAGUGGCAUUUUCUAUUGGCACAGAAAUUUUCACCUGCACUGGGAAAACAUUGUUGGAUCCUGGUUACACAACUAUUAUGCACUGGCAGGCUUUGGGAAAGGAUGAAAUUAUCCCUGACUUUACUGUUGGUGAAGAAGCUGCAAUACAUGAUGCAAAAAUUGUGGAGAGACAAACAUGCCCACCUGAUUAUUUGACUGAAGCGGAAGUAAUUACUCUGAUGGAGAAACAUGGGAUUGGCACAGAUGCCUCUAUUCCUGUCCACAUCAACAACAUUUGUCAGCGUAAUUAUGUAUCUUUGGGAACUGGUCGCAGGCUUAUCCCUACACCUCUUGGAAUUGUAUUAGUACAUGGAUAUCAGAAGAUUGAUCCGGAGCUGGUUUUGCCCACAAUGCGAUCUGCUGUAGAAGAACAGUUGAAUCUUAUAGCUCAUGGAAAAGCUGAUUAUAAUGCAGUUCUUCUUCAUACAGUUGAGAUAUUUAAGCAGAAAUUUCUUUAUUUUGUAACAAAUAUUGAAGGAAUGGAUCAGCUUUUUGAAGUGACAUUCUCACCUUUGGCUUCUUCUGGAAAAUCAUACUCCAGAUGUGGCAAAUGCAGACGUUACAUGAAGUAUAUUCAAGCCAAACCCUCACGCAUGCAUUGUUCCCACUGUGAUGAAACUUACAGUGUACCACAGAAUGGUUGUAUACGUAUUUAUAAAGAACUCAAGUGCCCAUUAGAUGACUUCGAGUUGCUGUCAUGGUCUGCUGGAACAAAGGGAAGAAGCUAUCCUUUCUGCCCGUACUGCUACAAUAAUCCCCCAUUCAGACAAAUGAAGAAAGGAAGUGGCUGUAAUGCUUGUACACACCCAACUUGCCCUCACAGUCUGAAUAGUACUGGCAUGUCAAGUUGUGUUGAAUGUGAGGGAGGUAUCUUAGUAUUAGAUCCAUCAUCUGGACCAAAAUGGAAACUUGGUUGCAAUAAAUGUGAUGUCAUCAUACAUUUAUUUGAGGAUGCACAUAAAGUAUUAGUUGAGGAUGCAGUAUGUGAGUGUGGAGCACAGCUGAUAAGUGUUGAGUACAAACCGGAGAAGACACGGCUUCCAGGUGAGGCAACGGAAAUGACAGGUUGCGUUUUCUGCUCGCCACAUUUCACAGCACUUGUGGAGAAGCACCGUGCUGUUUCCAGGCCUGCCGGCAGUCGGGCUCCUCGGGGAAGAGGGGGUAAAGGAAAAAGUCGGGGCCGACCACGAGCCCCAAGAGACAAAAUGGCACAACUUGCUGCAUAUUUUGUUUAACACUGUUUUUUGUUAUAUUUAUUUAACAAGAGAAAGAACUGUAACCUGUGUGUAAUAACUUUAUACUUCGCAGCUAAGCAAAAAGUGGAAAUCUUUUAUUAUGCUAUUAUUGUAUGAAGAGCCCUCUUUUUGUAAUAUUCUUCAUCAGAGUGAUGUAAAUAAUAUAUAUAUUGUUUUUAUCUUGGUUUUCUAAGAUUUUUUUCCCCAAGAUUUUCCUUGGGUUGGCCAUGAUAUACUAAAGGAAAUUUUGUAUAUAUGUGUGUACGGUGAGCUCACUCCACUGCAAUCUUGUACUUUGUGUUCAGUUAAUAUUUCUACUAUGUUUUUUGAUACAGCCCCCAACAGAGCGAUGAGAUUUGAGGUCAGAAAAAACUGUUGCUAUGAAGGUGACCACUGUUUGAAGUUCUGUUUGCACUCAGUUAUCCAUCUAAAUAUUAGUGCAUAUGUUGUAUCAAAGAUGCUGGACCUCACAUUCAUCUUUAUCUUCAUGUUGACUGAACAACUUGCACAGUGUAUCACUCAGUGUUUUGAAACUUCCUGGCAGAUUAAAACUGUGUGCCAC